AACUGCAUGAAAAAUUGGCUAAAGCACGGACCGCAGAGAGCAGCUAGGGCAACAAAUCCGAAGUAGUGGUGUAUAGGUAUAGUCAUUUAAAUAUUAUAUUAUAUUAUUAAAUAGUGGGUAUAGGUAGUAGUUUCAUAGAAAUAUUUUGUUUAUAUUAUUCAGCUUGAAAGCUUCAUUUGUUUUUAUAGUAUAAUUAACUAUGCCAAAAAAAUAUAAAUUAAAACCAUUUGUUGGUAAAAGACAGAUAAAUAGAAGAGUAAAAGCAGCAUUAGACCAACUGCAAGCAUCUCGUCUUUUAAAUGUACAGUCUAAUAAUGCCGAUAAUAUUGUUGAAUCAGCUUCCUGCAGUAGUGCAGAAAGCAUGUUUGUAUUAGACAAUAGUAGACUUUCCCAAUAUGGUGAUUCAAACUCGCCAAACAGUUCAGAAAAUUGCCUGAGCGAUAAUGUGCCUUAUGUUUCAUACUCCGUCAAUCAACCAACUGCUGCUCCACUUAAAAGUUUAACAGAAAAAUUACAAAUUUGGGCUGCAAGUGAAAAUGUUCCACAUUCUUCUGUUACAUCACUUUUGCAUAUAUUACAUGUAUAUCAUCCCGAAUUGCCACUUGAUUGUAGAAGUUUGCUAAAAACUCCACGUUCUGUAAAAACUAAGGAUUUAGAUAAUGGAAAGUAUAUUCACUUCAAUAUGAAAGAAUGCAUUAGUAAUCACUUAAGUAAACAUCAAGUUAAUUCUAGUAAAAUCUCUUUAUCUUUUAACAUUGAUGGGCUUCCCAUUUUUCACAGUACAAGUCAACAGUUUUGGCCUAUUCUCUGUAUGAUAAAAAAUAGUUGCAAUCAAAAACCUUUUGUGGUGGGAUUAUUUUGUGGCGUUUCAAAACCCUCUCCCUUAGAAACUUUUUUAGAAAGCUUCAUUCAUGAUCUCAAAGAUUUACUGCUUAAUGGCUUAAUGCACCACACCCAAUUUUAUGAUAUCGAGGUGCAUAGCUUUAUUUGCGAUGCUCCCGCUCGUGCCUAUAUAAAACGUGUUAAAGGGCACGGUGGAUAUUCAUCAUGCGAUAGAUGUACAGAGUAUGGGACACUAGUAAAUAAAAGGGUUGUGUUAAGGCAUACAAAUGCUAGUAAAAGAACUGACACUUCAUUUUUCAAUCAAGAGGAUGAGGAGCAUCAUCUUGGUGUUUCACCAUUAACUUCAUUGGGUAUUGGCAUGGUGUCCCAAUUCCCUCUAGACUAUAUGCAUGCAGCAUGUCUUGGAGUAAUGAGAAAACUAUUAAAUUCAUGGGUUAGUGGAUCUCUUCGGGUUCGAUUGCAGUCUAGAUUAGUUAACAAUUUAUCACAAAAGUUAUUGUCUUUACAAGAAUUUGUGCCCAUAGAAAUUAAUCGCAAGCCAAGAAGUAUAAAGGAAUUAGCACAUUGGAAAGCUACAGAAUACAGAACAUUUUUAUUAUAUCUAGGCCCAGUUGUAUUAAAAGAUAUAGUAAAAGUCUCUGUGUAUGAACACUUUCUUCUAUUUCACUGCAGUUUGGUCAUCCUUUGCUCGCCUAUUUUGUGUCAGCAACUGGGAACAAAUUUGGCAAAACAAUUUCUUGAAACAUUUACAUCCCACAGUGAGAAACUAUAUGGCUUGGAAUUCUUGAGUUACAAUGUUCACAUUGUUUCUCAUUUAAGUGAUGAUGCUAAUAGGUAUGGUCAUUUAGAUAAUAUUUCUGCUUUCGGAUAUGAAAACUUUUUAGGCCAACUUAAAAGAUUAAUUCGUAGUAGCAACAAUCCAUUGACACAAGCAUAUAAUCGAAUUAUUGAAUCAAAUUUUGUAGAAGAUCAUGAAGUGAGUUGUAAAACAAUUUCACGUCUUUUGUACAAUCAUAAAUUAGGACCUGUACUACCUGCAUAUAAAGACUUCGAGCAAUUUAAAAAGUUUGAGGGUGAAAAAUUUAUAUUGUCUGUCUACCAAUAUUCACAUGCCAAUUGUUACUGUUUGACUAAUACCAAUGAAGUUAUUCAAGUACAUAACUUGUUAAAUAAAAAAAAUGAAAUAUUUAUUAUCGGAAAAAUGUUUACAAAAUAUGAUGCUGCCUACACUUAUCCAGUAGAUUCAAAAAAAUUUUUUCAUAUAAGUUUUGUGCAUAGUUUAUCAGAAUUGAAGGUUUGGAAUUUAACGGACAUAAAAAGCAAAUGUUUUGUAUUUCCUUAUACCCAACAUAUUUUCGUGUGUCUUCCUCUAUUACACACAACAGUAUAGUAACUAAGUAACCCUAUAUAACUUUCAAGCCUUUUAAUAUGAGCCCUGUUUCAGUAACCUUGGCCCAACUACCAAAUGCAAGAAUUUUUCUACUUUACGUCAUAAUAAGGUAAUAAACUACUCUUUAACAUAUUAUAUUUUACGUUUCCUUACACAUUCCUAGAGAAAUUGACAUUUCCAGUUUUAAUUGCUUUCAAGUUCGAAUUUUAAUAAACGUGAUUGUAACAAAAUAUACAUUCAAACCAACUUAAAUGUGUAUGUCACUAUUUCAAAACUAUAUGGCUU